AUGAAAGCAAACAGUUGGAUGUGCCUGCUGGCGCUGCUCCUCGCCUGGCAGCUGCGGGCCGAGGAGCUGCAGGGGCCCGACACAGAAGCAACGGGUACGGGUACGACCCUGGGCACAGGAACUGGCACGACUCUGGGCUCUGGAACGGGAACUGCCACGCCCACUCUGCCCAACGAGCCCUCCACCCAGGCGGAGGCGGAGGAGGUGACCACGGCGGAGUCGGAGUCGAGGGUUCCCGCGGAGAGCAAUGACCGCAAGGCUGCCAAACUCAAGGACUCCACGGAGUUUGCCUCCAGGACGAAGGUCAUGCCGGCCGCCCUGCUCGAACGCCUCUGGAACGACAGUCUAAUGAGGCAGCAAAAGCUAAAGGCCGAGAUCGAGCGACUCGAAGCCAAACGCCAGCCCACUGAGGUGGUGGAGCUAACACCGGAGCAGAUAGAAGCUCAAACCAUGUACGACAACGCCAUGGACAUGCUGGCCAAGCCGCGCACGGAUAAGAGGGUGGCCUUCACUCUGCUCAAGAAGGCGGCCGCCUUUAAUCACCUCAAGGCCAGGGCGGAACUGGCCUGGGCCGUCCUCCUGGGUCACUGGAUGGACUUUGAUUUCAACCAUGCUGCAGAUGAAUUCGAGAGCCUGGCCAACGAGGGUGUCCCCGAGGCUCACAUGGGCCUGGGAUUCCUCUAUUCGGCCGGUGUGGGCGGCAAGAAUGUCAGCCAGCCCCUGGCCCUGAUCCACUACAACCUGGCCGCCCUGGGUGACAACACUCUGGCUCAAAUGGCCAUGGGCUAUCGUUAUCUGUAUGGCAUUAAUGUGCCCAUCAGCUGUGAGAAGGCGCUGAUCCAGUACAAGCGCGUGGCCAAGAAAGUGGCUUCCAAGAUCACCUUUGCCAACGGACCCGUUGUGCAUCGAGUGCGCCUGCUGGACGAACUGGAGAACCCCGGCAGCCAUGAGACCGAGAUUGUGGACUAUUACCAACUGCUGGCCGACAAGGGCGAUGUCCAGUCGCAGGUGGGACUAGGCCAGCUGUACUACCAGGGCGGCAAGGCCACUCAACAGGAUCACCAAAAGGCACUGGAGUAUUUCACCCAGGCUGCCAAUGCCGGCAAUGCAAUUGGCUUCGCAUUUUUGGGCAAGCUUUAUCUGGAGGGAAGCGAGCAAAUCAAGGCCGACAAUGACACUGCAUUUAAGUACUUCUCCAAGGCCUCUGAGAUGGGAGAUCCAGUGGGCCAAAGCGGGCUGGGUCUCAUGUACCUCAAGGGUCUGGGCGUGCCCAAGGAUUCGAUCAAGGCAUUGUCCUACUUCACGCAGGCAGCCGACCAGGGAUGGGUGGAUGGACAACUGCAGUUGGGCAAUAUGUAUUUCACUGGCAAUGGCGUUAAAACGGACUACAAGCUGGCCCUCAAGUAUUUCAAUCUGGCCACCCAGUCAGGCCAUGUUUUAGCUUACUAUAAUCUGGGAGUGAUGAAUGCCUACGGCAUGGGAAUGCUGCGCUCUUGUCCGGCAGCGGUAGAGUUCUUCAAGACCGUCUCGGAGCGUGGACGCUGGAGCAGCCGACUGAUGCAUGCCUACAGCGACUACAAGCAAAACCGCAUCGACGAGGCUUACAUGCAGUACUCGCUAAUGGCCGAGGUGGGCUAUGAGGUGGCCCAGAGUAAUGCCGCCUUCCUACUUGACCGCGAGGAGGUUCAUGUGUUUAACGAUCGGCAUGAAGAACUGAUUCGCGCCUUCUACUACUGGAAGCGGGCAGCCGGCCAGGGCUAUUCGGCGGCCCAAGUCAAGCUGGGCGACUACUAUUACUACGGCUGGGGCACUUCCACGGACUUUGAGACUGCAGCAGCUCUUUACAGGAAAGCGUCGGAGCAGCAAUACAAUGCCCAGGCCAUGUUUAAUCUGGGCUACAUGCACGAGCAGGGGCUGGGCAUGAAGAAGGACUGGCAUUUGGCUAAGAGAUUAUACGAUUUGGCUGCCGAGACCAACUCGGAUGCGAAAGUGCCAGUGGCCAUUGCCCUUUUCAAGCUGCAAAUGCUGGCCAAGAUUGAAUCAAUCAAGGAGUCACCUUACAGGUUUAUCUUCUACAUGGAUGAAAACAUUGCUGCCAAUUGGGAUUUGUACAUGAUUACCGUGUUGACUCUUCUGUUGGGCAUCAUCAUGUACAUGAGGAGACCAUUCCCGCAGCAGGAUCAGCCGGCACAGCAGCCAGCUGCAGAUGAGAUUGCUGCCGCGCCAGUCAACUUGGCGCCGGUGGGAGCGGAAGCAGCCGUUGUAGCUGGAGUUGUGGACGGCGAGGCUGCAGUGAGAGCCCCAACUGCCACUGCAGUUAAUUCUCAGGCUGCUGGGGCCACCACCUCCUCCUCAUCAUCUGCGGAAACCUCAGCAAGGACUACAUCAAACGGCGAAUCAACGUCGCAAGAGGCAAGCAGCUCAACACCCGCGGCGCCGGAUGGCGCUAACACACUCGAUCCCACUGGUUAGUCUUAGUGAAUUGGUUUAAUCAUCCCUCUAGGUUAAUUAGUGUGCGUGUAAAUAUUUAUCAUCUAAUUUCGCCCGAUUUAAUAUUUUUUAUUAAUUCUAAAACCGACCUUUUUAGAUAUUUAAAAAAUAUCGUACUCAGAAUGUGAAUGUUGUACUGAUAAACCAAUGAAUCGAUCGACAUUUGA